CGUUUAUUCGUUAAUCUUCCCCUUCAUCUUUCCUUCCGUUCCUCUUCCACCGUCUGGUUCAUUCGUUGAACGCAACGCAAUCGCCUCCCUUUCCUUAAACCCAAAGGAAGAGGAAGGGGUCGAUUCGAUUCGAUUCCGAGGAGUUGACCUUAACCCCUACUACAUGUACACAGCCACCCAGCUCGGGAUUUCGCAGCCUCAUAAGUUCAGCACCGGUUCAAUUCGCCAUUGAAUCCCAGCUCCAAGAUGAUAAACUGAAGUGCUUGUUCACAUUACCAGCUCAAUUGAUGGCAUCGAGAACGUUGAGGCGGCGGCUUCAUCACGGAGAUGUAGAUGGUAAAAGCCACGAGCAUAUGGAAGCAUCGGGAUUGGAUAGUUUGGAUGAACCCCUUUUGGGGAGCUAUAAUCAUGACGAUAGACCUUCAGAGGGAAGCUCACAAGAUCUUUGGGAUGAUGAAAGAAGGAAGCAGCAUCUGCACUGGACAUUGUUGUUUAGCCAAUUGAUAACGCAAUGGGUUCAAUGGCUUGCAAACAUGGUCAUUGGAUCCGGUUCACUCAUCGGACGGUUUUUUUCUAUCCCUUUUUCAACACAGACUGGGCUAACUAGGAAAUUUCUUCAACCAGCUCUAAGUCUGUUGCAGGAAGAAAGACUCAGAAGUCUGCAGCAGAGGCUGGAAGUUCCAUUUGAUGGUUCUCGUUUACAGCAUCAAGAUGCUCUUAAAAAGUUGUGGAGGUUGGCUUACCCUGAUAGAGAACUCCCUUCUCUAAAAUCAGAGCUAUGGAAAGAUAUGGGUUGGCAAGGUUCUGAUCCUUCAACAGAUUUUAGGGGUGGAGGGUUUAUCUCGCUGGAGAAUCUAAUCUUCUUUGCCCAGAAAUAUCCAGAAUCAUUUCAGAGGCUGUUACAUAAACAAGAUGGAAUCAGGGCCGAAUGGGAAUAUCCUUUUGCUGUGGCCGGGAUUAAUAUAUCUUUCAUGUUGGCACAAAUGUUGGAUCUUCAGUCGGGAAAACCGUCAUCUUUAGCUGGAGUCAGGUUCUUAGAGCUCCUCAAGGAUGAUGAAAUGGCAUUUGACCAUCUUUACUGUGUUGCCUUCCGAAUGAUGGAUGCCCAGUGGCUUGCAAAACGUGCCUCAUACAUGGACUUCAAUGAUGUUUUGAAGUCUACAAGAGAGCAGCUGGAACGCGAGCUUUCUCUGGAAGAUGUUUCUAGCAUCAGAGAUUUGCCCGCUUACAACCUGUUGAAAUGGUAAAUUGAUCGGUUCUGCUUGAACAAUGUGGGCCUUUUUCUAGUCCCCUCUGUUGGUCCUAAUUCCUGCUUGAGGUUCCAUAUACCAAGUACUGUUUCGGGGAAGUGUAUAAACAUGAUUCAGAAACUCAAGUUUCGGUGUCGAAUGUACACGGAAAAAGCUUGUUUGAAUGGAGAAAUAGCUUACUAUUUU